GGUAGAGGUUGCAGUGAGCUGAGAUUCCACCAUUGCACUGCAGCUGGGACAACAAGAGCAAAACUCUAUCUCAAAAAAAUAAAAAUUAAAAAAAGUGACAGAAGUAAUGGAAUUUAUCUGGAAAAAAGAUGUUUAUUCUGAUGCCCUAAAUUCAGGGGUGAAAUAUUACCUGGACUAGAGGAAAAUUUUGUGUACAUUAUAUGGUGUCAUCUGUUUUGACAAGCUCACUUUGAUAUUACUGCUGCAGGGUAGCCCAAGAGGGUUGAAUUGAAAAUAACUGAGUAUUUUGAGGAACAAAACCUAGGAUAGUAGGCUGGAGGGAGCUGGAUGUCAGGGUUUUAGCCACGUAUACAGAAAUAAGUAACAUAUUUAAUACAAGAAAGAGGAGACUAUAUAGUAUGCUUUACUUCAGAGGUGGAUGAGGAAGAAGAGAGGACACAUCUCCUUGAAAAAGGGGCAUGGUGUUGAGAAUGGAGAAAAGAGGGAAGGCAGAUUACUCAGAAGAACUGGGGUAGAGGAAUAGGUUGGAUGAUAAAAAGGGCUGACACUAGUCCCUGAAAGGAUUUUUUAAAUAACUUCUAACUUUUGCCUUCACCUUUGCCAGCAGUGGUGUGAUCUGCUUUCAGCUGUGGAGAAACAAACUGAAUAAAGGACAUUGUGCAUGUUAGGUCUUUUAUCAAAAACCAAUUUAUCAAAAAACAAUGCCAUUUAUUUGCCUGUUGGUACAUGUUUGUAAUAUUUGGAAAUACUCUCACUGCAAAGAAAAGUAUAGUUGUGCUGUAAUGGGCAGGGUGAGGAAAAUAAGGGUCAUCACCAGCAAAGUCAGAGUGGUGAAAAGACUGGAUUUUAAACACUCAGCUUGACUUUGUAUAGAUAAGUAAGUCAAGCAGAGUGUUCCCUGCAUGCAGUUAAAAUACAAGCUUGGAGCACAGGUAAAAGGCCAAGUGCAAAGUAUGUUGGGAAGUGUAGUGUCCUAUAAACUAAUAAAGAGUGGCAUUCUGUCUCAUAUCCUGAAACAUUUUGAAAACACUAUUGAAUUUGACCAGAAGGGCAUUGCUAGUGAAUUUCAAAGAGAGAUUUCAGUCGAUUUCUGAAUUGAAGGAAGAUGUAUGAUGGAAGAAUGGAAAAGGCCAAUAACAAGGGUUGAAAAAGGAAAGAGUUUUCAAGCAUAUGCAUAAAAAGAGUAUGGGUAGGUUGUAUAGAUGAUGACACACUAAGCCCGGGAAGACAAGGUUUCUGAUGCUAAUUUUUAUUUCUUUAACAAGGGUGAUAGAAAUGUUUGUUCCAUAUAUUAGUACUAUGUACAGCUGUCUAUCUCUCAGCUUUUCUAGCAAGACAUACGGGCUUGUGAAUUAACCCUGGGUAUCCCUGGCAUUAGGUAGAAGUAAUAGUACUUCCAUGUGUGGCCUCGAGACAUACUGAAAUGAGGCAACCAAGGAAAUCCUUUAUAUUGGGACCAACAGCCAAGAUCUCAGCUUGGGAUGUUAACCUGAGAGCUGUUAACCUGAUACUAUAAUUCUGUGGAUAAUAAUCCGAAGGGUCCUGUUGUCUCUUUUUCCUCAUGUCACUUCCUUUGAUGUACCAAAUGUCACAUACUAACAUCUGCAAACUUUGAAAAUUCUGAUUUAUUCUGCAAUGUUUGGAAAUUUCACUGCUAGUAAUUGUAUUUCCUGGCAUGGGUCUGAUAUAAUUUUCUGUGUACAUAGUAGCUUUUCGUUUUAGUGCCGAAUCAUACUGAAAUCCUUGUUCAACCUAAGUUAAAGUCUAGUUGCAAGGGAGCUACCAAGGCAAAUAAUUAAAGUAAUGGUGAAACGAAUACAAGUCAAACACCCUAAUCCGAAAUUCUGCCACAAGUGGAAAAUUCUACACGUAAGUACUUUAACACAAACUUUGUUUCAUGCUCAAAAUUAUUUAAAAUAUUAAAUUACCUUCAGGCUAUAUAUGUAAAGCAUAUAUGAAACAUGAGUGAAUUUUAUAUUUAGACUUGGUCCCAUUCCCAAGAUGUCUCAAUGCAGAUAUUCCAAAAUCUGAAAAAAAAUCCCAAAUCCAAAACACUUUUGGUCCUGAGCAUUUUCCAUGAGGGAUAUGCAACUCGUAAUACCUUCUUUGUAUAGCCAAGUUUGCACAUACAUAGGUUAUGGCAACUCAUCAUGUCUUAACCUUUCAGUAUUUUUACUUUGAUUGUAAAUUGUAUCCAGAUUUUAGAAAUGUAAAGCUUAGAGAAGUGUGCAUCUCAAAACUAAGAAAACUGUGCCUACUAUUAGAGAUUGGGGCAUGGAAACAAAGUUGGACAGUGUAGUAGAAAGGUAUGUAACAGGGGAUUUGGUUCUUAUUUUUGUUAUCAAGUGGAGGAGUCAACUGUAGAAGUCUAAACCAAAUCAGGUCCACCUGGGAGUCUAAAGUUUAGAGUUACUUAGCAUGUGGAUAGCGAUACAGCAAAUAGUUGCAUAGAUUUUACUUGUGGGGUGGUGAUGAUAAUAUCGUGGGAAUUCACAUCCACCUUGUAAUCUGGAUAGAAUAUUGGUAUAAAUCAUUUUGGUUUUCUUUCUUUCUUUUUUUUUUUUUAAUCAUUUUAGUUUUCUUAAGUUUUGGUUUCUUCAUUAAUAAAAUGACAGAACUGAAUUACCUAGAUGAUAUUCAAAGUUUCAUGUGGUUCUGUUAGUCUGGUAUUCUACAGCGGAAUUUUGUCACUACUUUUGGGAAGAAGUUUACCUUUGGUGGCCUACAAAUAAAAAUCACAUUGGAACAAUGCCAUUUAUCAUAUGGGAUGAUUCUGUGUGUUUAUAUAAUCAUUAAUGUUAGUUUCCAAAUGUGUUAAUGUACAGUAUCUCAUUUGAUUAGCUCAGUCAUGUGAUGAAAUAGGUCAGAAAGGUAUUAUGUUCGUUUUCCUGGUGAAAUGAAACAUGGUGGUUAGCCUCUUGAACAAUUUAAAUUUGAUCAUCUUACUUGGUAUGCUUGGUAUCCUCUAAGGAUGAAAUCCUGCCAUUGAGAAAGAAAACCCAGUCAGGAAAGCUUUCUCACCUUCAUCUAUCUAGCAAAUUAUACAUAUUCUCCAAGUUCUGACUUGAAUGCUGCCGAAGCUUUUCUUGAUAAUCUCUUCUACCUCAGCAGAGUAGAAACACUUUGAUCAUUCUCCUUAGGACUCAGGAUUUUAAUUAUCUGUUUAAUGCCUUUCUCUUCCACCCUAGUGAACUACUCAAGUGCAAAUACCUUGUCUUAUUUAUCCCUAAACCUCAUAGCCCAGACUGUACCUGGCAUAUAGAGAUGCUUAGUAAAUAAUUGCAGAAUCAAAUGAAAGAGUUAAAGUGAUGGGCUGGAGUUGUGGAUUAAGGAGAACUUGGGCUUUGGGCUAAUGGGAAGGAGAUGUCAUUGUAUCCCUUUUUUAGAUUGAAAUUUUGCCCUGUAUGUGCAUUUAAAAAUUAAAAACCUAGUUGAAUAAAAGGGGUGGGUAACCAGGGGCCAAAUCUCUCUAUUAAUAAAAUAAAUUUGAAAUUGUUAAGAAAAUGUCAAUUAAAACCCAUAUGUUCAUGGAAAAGUUUAAAUUCCCGUUUUAGUUUUUCCCUAAAUGAUUUUGCCGUAUCAUGUAACAGCAGUCUGUAGUCAAACAAGACUGAUUUCAAGUGGAGAAAUAGAAUUUUUUAAUUCCCUGGAGGGAGAAAUCUUUGCCCAGUUAAGCUUUGUGUUAUCUAGAUGUUUUUAUUUGUCUAGUGACCUCUUCUUCUUACUGAAAAAGUAGUUAAGAGAAACCCUUUAGCACUGACUUUUUCAAGUUUACUGUAAUGUAAUGACCCCCUUGAAAGAAGUACAGAAUGUAUUUUUGAUAUGUAUUUUUCAUAAUGUUACUUAAAUUCUGUAGACGUGAAACUAGAUAUAAAACCCUUAUGUUCUUGGCUCAUGCACCACUAUAAACCAAAUCUGCAAAUUAAAUACAAAGGCAACUAUCAAAAAAACAAAAUUCAAAUGAAUACAGUUAUUCAGUGUGACAGAUGAUGUUUAGGUUUCACAGUAGAAAAAAGUAACUUUAGGUCUAAUUCCAUUUUAAAUCUGUUUCUGUAUUUUAACUUCAGUGAUAAUAAAAGCUGUGAGCAGUGCCUCUUCUCAUCAGUAAUAUUAUGCAGGAGAGUAUUAAUGACUUCAAAGCUUUAUGGGUAUGUUCAGAAUGAGACAUCGUACCUAAUCAAAACACUUGCCAGCAAGCAUUCCUCAAAUAUAGGCUUAUAAGUUUUACAGAAAUGUCAGCUGUUUUAUUUAUUGGAAGAUAUAGUUAAUAUUAUGACAUUAUUAAAAUCUUCAUUAAAUGAUUUUCUAAACCAGUUAUUGCUGGAAAUGAGAAUGGAAAAACAUCAUUGCAUUUACAAUUACAUUUACUGCUAACAAAUAUUUGCAGAUUUUACUACACAUAUAGGACCCAUAGAACACUUGCAUAUAAUAAAGUGCACAUAUGAUAUUGGCUGUUAGGCUAUUGGCUUUUGAAUAUGCAUGCCAUGCCUGUAUUGCCAUAUGCUCUGAUGAUUUGAGUUCCUUUUAUUUUUUACUCUUUCUUUUAGAAUGACCAUGAAACUUACGCUGUGUGUAGUGUGCCACAAGGACAUUUGGCUGAAGGAGAUCUUCACACAGCUGAAGAAGCAGCAGUGAAAGCCUAGUGCCCGUGUUUAGAUAGUGGCUACUCAUGAUCUUGAAUGUUUAUCCUUAUUUUUGUAUUAUCUUUGAAAUGAAAAUAUUUGUUUAAAACUUGUAUACAACAUAUACAUCCUUUUAUCUCCCAAUAUAUUUCAGAAACACUGUUUUAGCAAAUAUUUUUCUGAUCACUAUCUAAGGAACCAGCAGAGAUGUGAAAAACAAAACAAGUUUGGCCCUUCCUAAGGCAAUGAAAGACACUUUAACAGCAAACUGUAAAUAGAUUGAUUUUCACUGUCCUAAAGGUAUGCAAAGGAACAUAUUGAAAGGAGCUACCAAUUAUUGUGAAGCAUUACAGUGUUUCUGCCACCUCUGUACAAAAGACAAUUUUACUUGUGUGACAGAUGGGCUCUGCUUUGUCUCUGUCACAGAGACCACAGACAAAGUUAUACACAACACCAUGUGUAUAGCUGAAACUGACUUAAUUCCUCGAGAUAGGCCAUUUGUAUGUGCACCCUCUUCAAAAACUGGGUCUGUGACAACAACAUAUUGCUGCAAUCAGGACCAUUGCAAUAAAAUAGAACUUCCAACUACUGGCCCUUUUUCAGUGAAGCCAUCACCUGGUCUUGGUCCCGUGGAACUGGCAGCUGUCAUUGCUGGACCGGUGUGCUUCGUCUGUGUCUCACUCAUGUUGAUGGUCUAUAUCUGCCACAACCGCACAGUCAUUCACCAUCGAGUGCCUAAUGAAGAGGAUCCUUCAUUAGAUCGCCCUUUUAUUUCAGAGGGUACUACAUUGAAAGACUUAAUUUAUGAUAUGACAACGUCAGGUUCUGGCUCAGGUUUACCAUUGCUUGUUCAGAGAACAAUUGCGAGAACUAUUGUGUUACAAGAAAGCAUUGGCAAAGGUCGAUUUGGAGAAGUUUGGAGAGGAAAGUGGAGGGGAGAAGAAGUUGCUGUUAAGAUAUUCUCCUCUAGAGAAGAACGUUCAUGGUUCCGUGAGGCAGAGAUUUAUCAAACUGUAAUGUUACGUCAUGAAAACAUCUUGGGAUUUAUAGCAGCAGACAAUAAAGACAAUGGUACUUGGACUCAGCUCUGGUUGGUGUCAGAUUAUCAUGAGCAUGGAUCCCUUUUUGAUUACUUAAACAGAUACACAGUUACUGUGGAAGGAAUGAUAAAACUUGCUCUGUCCACAGCGAGCGGUCUUGCCCAUCUUCACAUGGAGAUUGUUGGUACCCAAGGAAAGCCAGCCAUUGCUCACAGAGACUUGAAAUCAAAGAAUAUCUUGGUAAAGAAGAAUGGAACUUGCUGUAUUGCAGACUUAGGACUGGCAGUAAGACAUGAUUCAGCUACAGAUACAAUUGAUAUUGCUCCAAACCACAGAGUGGGAACAAAAAGGUACAUGGCCCCUGAAGUUCUCGAUGAUUCCAUAAAUAUGAAACAUUUUGAAUCCUUCAAACGUGCUGACAUCUAUGCAAUGGGCUUAGUAUUCUGGGAAAUUGCUCGACGAUGUUCCAUUGGUGGUAUUCAUGAAGAUUACCAGCUGCCUUAUUAUGAUCUUGUACCUUCUGACCCAUCAGUUGAAGAAAUGAGAAAAGUCGUUUGUGAACAGAAGUUAAGGCCAAAUAUCCCAAACAGAUGGCAGAGCUGUGAAGCCUUGAGAGUAAUGGCUAAAAUUAUGAGAGAAUGUUGGUAUGCCAAUGGAGCAGCUAGGCUUACUGCGUUGAGGAUUAAGAAAACAUUAUCACAACUCAGUCAACAGGAAGGCAUCAAAAUGUAAUUCUGCAGCUUUGCCUGAACUCGACUUUUUUCUUCAGAUCUGCUCCUGGGUUUUAAUAUGGGAGGUCAAUUGUUCUACCUCACUGAGAGGGAACAGAAGGAUGUUGCUUCCUUUUGCAGCAGUGUCAUAAAGUCAAUUAAAAACUUCCCAGGAUUUCUUUGGACCCAGGAAACAGCCAUGUGGGUCCUUUCUGUGCACUAUGAACGCUCUUUGCCAGGACAGUUACAAAAUGUUGUGUAGUCUACCUUUAUUUUUUAUUAACAAAACUUGUUUUUUAAAAAGAUGAUUGCUGGUCUUAACUUUAGGUAACUCUGCUGUGCUGAAGAUCAUCUUUAAGGGCAAAGGAGUUGGAUUACUGAGUUAUAAUAAAACAUUUCUUAUUAUUAAAGAAAGUGAUUUACUCCUGGUUAGUACAUUCUCAGAGGAUUCUGAACCACUAGAGUUUCCUUGAUUCAGACUUUGAAUGUACUGUCCUAUAGUUUUUCAGGAUCUUAAAACUAACACUUAUAAAACUCUUAUCUUGAGUCUAAAAAUGACCUCAUAUAGUAGUGAGGAACAUAAUUUAUGCAAUUGUAUUUUGUAUACUAUUAUUGUUCUUUCACUUAUUCAGAACAUUACAUGCCUUCAAAAUGGGAUUGUACUAUACCAGUAAGUGCCACUUCUGUGUCUUUCUAAUGGAAAUGAGUAGGAUUGCUGAAAGUCUCUAUGUUAAAACCUAUAGUGUUUGAAUUCAAAAAGCUUAUUUAUGUGGGUAACCCAAACUUUUUCUAUUUUGUUUUUUUGGAAAGGUUUUUGUGGUAUGUCAUUUGGUAUUCUAUUUUGAAAAUGCCAUUCUCCUACCAAAAUGUGCUUAAGCCACUAAAUAAAUGAAGUGGCAUUAAUUAGUAAAUUGUUAGCAUGAUCAUGUUUGAAUAUUCUCACAUCAAGCUUUUGCAUUUUAAUUGUGUUGUCUAAGUAUAAUUUUAAAAUAACAAGUGGCACUCUAGAUGCUUAUAGUACUUUAAUAUUUGUAUCAUACAGACUAAUUUUUCUAAAAGGGAAAGUUUGUCUAGCUGUUUGUGAAAAGUUAUGUGGUAUUCUGUAAGCCAUUUUUUUUCUUUCUGUGUUCAAAGACAGUGUUAUUUUUUUAAAAAAGGAAUUACAUUUAAAAUUAGAAUAUGGUUAAUGUUAAAUAAUAGGCCUUUUUCCAGGAAGGCAAAGGUAGUUAGUAAUUUGAAUAGAUAACAGAUGUGCAAAAGUCACAUUGGUUAUGUAGGAAUGUUUGGUGGAUCCUCUGUCUUUGUAACUGAGGUUAGAGCUAGUGUGAUUUUGAGGUCUCACUACACUUUGAGGAAGGCAGCUUUUAAUUCAGUGUUUCCUUAUGUGUGCGUACACUGCAACUGCUUACUUUACAUGUAAUUUAUGUAAUGCAUUCAGUGCACCCUUGAUAUCUGGAAGAGGUGGUAGCUAAAGAAUAUUCUGAGUAUAGGGUCUUCUCCAUUUAUACAGAUGUUUUUGUCAAGUUAAAUAUUGAAAGCAAACUUGUCAUGGUCUUCUCACAUUAAGUUGAAACUAGCUUGUAAUAACUGGUUUUUACUUCCAAUGCUAUAAAGUCUCUGCAGGGCUUUUGCAGUUUUCAAAGUCCUUUUAUCACUGUGAUCUUGUUCCAAGGGGAGGAAAAACUAUCCUAGCUGUGAGCCAAGACUUUGACUUUAUAGUGCUGUCAGUUCCCCAAUACAGGGUCCUAAUAACCAAUACAGUAUUUUAGUCAGGAAGAGGAAGUGGCCAUUUACACUGAAUGAGUUGCAUUCUGAUAAUGUCUUAUCUCUUAUACGUAGAAUAAAUUUGAAAGACUAUUUGGUCUUAAAACCAAAGUAAUUUUAGAAUGAGUGACAUACUACAUAGGAAUUUAGUGUCAAUUUUAUGUGUUUAAAAACAUCAUGGGGAAAACGUGCUUAGAGAUUACUAUUUUGACUACAAAAAGUUGAUUUUUUCUGUAGUUACCAUAAUUUCAUUGAAGCAAAUGAAUGAGUUUGAGAGGUUUGUUUUUAUAGUUGUGUUAUAUUACUUGUUUAAUAAUCUCUAAUCUUGUGAUCAGGUACUUUUUUUGUGGGUUUUUUGGGCCAUUUCUAAGCCUACCAGAUCUGCUUUAUGAAAUCCAGGGGACCAAUGCAUUUUAUCACUAAAACUAUUUUUAUAUAAUUUUAAGAACAUACCAAAAUUUGUCUGAUUUAAAGUUGUAAUACAUGAUUUCUCACUUUCAUGUAAGGUAAUCCACUUUUGCCGAAGAUAUUUUUUAUUGAAUCAAAGAUUGAGUUACAGUUAUACUUUUGUUACCCAAGUGGAUAAAAUGUACUUUCAAUGAAUCAGGGAAUUUUUUUAAAGUUGGAGUUUAGUUCUGAAUUGACUUUACAUAUUACUGCAGUUAAUUCCUUUUUUGGCUAGGGAUGGUUUGAUAAACCACAAUUGACUAAUAUUGAAAAUGAAAGUAACUUAAAAGAUGGGAUGGAUCAUGAUUACUGUCAAUAACUGCAGAUAAAUUUGAUUAGAGUAAUUAAUUUUGUCAUUUAAAAACACAGUUGUUUAUACUGCCCAUCCUAGGAUGCUCUCCUUCCAGGGUUCAACUUGGCUAAAACACCUUCAGUAAAUUGUGUGUCUAUAUUCAUUUUGCCAAUAGCCAGGAGGAGUGGGGAUGGGGGAAAUACGACUUAGUGGGCAUAGACAUCCCUGCUCCAUCCUUUCUGGCUCCAGCUGUUUCUUGCAACCUGCUUUCCUCCUUGCUGGUCCCUGACACAGAGACCGUUGCCUCCCCCACAGCCUUUUGACUGAAGAGCUGCUUUGGAGAUCUAGAGUACAAUGGCUGAUGAAAGUUGUGGGACAUAUUUCCUCUUUUUUUUCGUCAUUAGAAGUGGCAGGGAGGGGUCUCCACAUUUGGAGAUUGAGCAGAUGAGGCUUGGGAUGCCCCUGCUGGUUGCCCUCCUUUGACGUUAGCCAUGGAUGAGGAAUGGGAUAGCAGCAAGGUGGCUGCUGUGGCAGUGGGAGUUGUGCCAGAAACAGUGGCCAGUUGUAUCCCCCAUAAGACAGGGUAAGGUCCGAAGAGCUGAGCCUGUAAUUCUGCUGUAAUAAUGAUAGUGCUCAAGAAGUGCCUUGAGUUGGUGUACAGUGCCAUGGCCAUCAAGAAUCCCAGACUUCAGUUCUUAUUACAAAAUCUAAGUGGUCACUUCACGAUUUUGUAGUCCAUCCAUGGGUUACCUCUUUUCUGUAUGUCUGAGAACUGUCAGAUGGAGGCUGUUUCAUAAAACAAGAUGACAAAGAGAUAAUUGCACGACAAAAUCAGUAUGCCAUUAGUCACAUCAUCAAAAGCUUAUUUUUAUUCUUGCACUGGAAGAAUCAUAAGUCAACUGUUUCUUUUGUUUCUUAACCAUGGCAGUGUUCUGGCUCCAAAUCAUGGUGAUUCCAAAUAAUGGUUCUGUUACAGUUAGGCAGAAAAUGCCAACUCAGAUAUUUUGAGAUACUAAGGAUUAUCUCUGGACAUGUACUGCACCUUCUUGUCUCUGUUUUGGAUUACUGGAAUACCAAUGGGCCCUCUCUCUAAGAAUGCUGGACUUCUAGGAUAUUGUGAGGAUUGUCAGUACAUUAAACUUUUCAAUCCCAUUAUGCAAUCUUGUUUGUAAAUGUAAACUUUUAAAAAUACAGUUAAUAACAUUCAACCUGUUUCUUACAACUUAAAAGGAACUUCAGUGAAUUUGUUUUUAUUUUUUAACAAGAUUUGUGAAUUGAAUAUCAUGAACCGUGUUUUGAUAUCCCUCUUUCACGUUGUGCUAACGGAAUGGGGUGUUUGAUAUUUCUGUAUAUGUCAAGGAGAUGCUUCAAAAUAUCAAUUGCUUUAAACUUAAAUUACCUCUCAAGAGACCAAGGUACAUUUACCUCAUUGUGUAUAUAAUGUUUAGUAUUUGUCAGAGCAUUCUCCAGGUUUGCCGUUUUAUUUCUAUGAAGUAUGGGUAUUAUGUUGCUCAUUUACUCUAAUGGUACUGUAUUGUUUGUGUUUGUACCCCAGAUAACAUCAUCUGUACUUUGUUUUCUGUAUUGUAUUUGUGCAGAAUACUUUUGGCUUUAUCAGUGUAAUCUCUGCCCUUUAAGAUAUGUACAGAAAAUGUCCAUACAAAUUUCCAUUUAAGUUGAAACUGAGAAGCCUGUAAAGAGAAAAAAAACAUAAGCUGUGUUUCCCCAUAAGUUUUUUGAGUUGUAUAUUGUAUUUGUAGUAAUAUUCCAAAUGAAUGUAAAUAGGAAAUAGAAGAGUGAUGCUUAUGUUAAGUCCUAACACUGCAGUAGAAGAAUGGAAGCAGUGCAAAUAAAUUACAUUUUUCCCAAGUGCCAGUGGCAUAUUUUAAAAUAACGUGUGUAUGCUGGAAUGA